UAUCGGUGGGUCCUUCCUCUCUCCCCACACACUCUCUCUCUCUCAGCCUGUGAUUCUUCUCUGUAAUUUUUCCAGUGGUCAAAAAGUCCUUCCUCUUCAAUCGAAGGUCUUGCACAGAACAAAAACGUGUAUUUGUGGUUUGUGGAACUUCUUGAAUACUGAGUGGUUCUCCCAUGGACGAUGCAUCCUGUUACACUUCAAAGCUUGCAUGGAUUUGGGUCAUUGAAGCCCUUGCAAGCUUCAAGGAAGUCAACUUUUCUAUUUUACAUGAUUUGAUUGAAAUGUCUCCAGAAUUACCGCAUAAUUUGGGGAGAAACAUGAGGGAAAUGUUGGCUUUAAGAAUUUUGGAGGGUUUAUUUGGUCCCAGUAAUGGAAUCACCAAUGAUUCUUGCUCUGCCCCGGCUUCAAAAGUUGGUUUUGAUUUAUCAAAAAGCUGUGAAGAUGUUCUCCAACACAUAGUGCAUGUGACAUCACAAUCAGGCCUUAGAACGGCUGGACCAGAGCUGUUAAAAUGGGAUGUUCGCCCCUUUAUUAUCCAUAAAAGAGCAUGUAUGCCUAAACUUGCCUUACAACAGCUGAAGGAUUCAAUUCUUGAAGGUAGCCAUCCAUAUACUGAUUACGUGAAGGAAAAGAGUGGAUUGGCAUUUACAAAUGCAGGUGAGCAUUGUGCUGAAGCUAGAACUUCAAGUGGUCCCCUCCUGGAAAAGACUGGAGAAAACGAAUCUCAAUGUAACUUUGAACAUGAUGUUCUACUAAAAGCACCACAAUCUGCAUCCCUUGAUGGAGCCCAGCAGAAGAUCAUUGAUUAUGAAGCUGAAGAGGAUAUGGAUUGCUGUUGUGAAGCAGGGACAUCAAGUGAUAGUGAUGGGUAUUUCAAGGAUCACAUUGAUGUCUCCAUGAAAAAACAUGAAUUCUUGAGCUCUCAGUGCACAGACACAAAUUUGUGCGUGGAGUAUAAUGAAGGCGGUCAGUUGUUAGUAUGCAACACAAGUCAUUGCCCAUUGGUGGUUCAUGAGAUCUGUUUGGGUUCGUCUCCCAGAUUUGACAACAAUGGUAACUUUUACUGCCACUUCUGUGCUUAUUCACUUGCUAUUUCAGAGUACCUUGAAGCUAAGAAAAAGUCCUCCUUGGCAAGGAAAGAACUAACCGAGUUUGUUCGUGGGGGUUUGGAGCAUCAGCAAAAGGAAGUUCUAGAGAGAUUGCACAGAGAAAAGCAUAGCCUUUCAAGAAAAAAUGAAGAUGGGGAUCCUCUCGUCAAAAGUCAUGAGAAUGGGUACUUGGAAGAGAGAGUAAAUGAUCAGACAGAGGAAACUUCUGCAGAUGAAAAAAAUAAGUCUAUCAUUUCUAAUUACUCCAUAAGGGUCCGGAGGCAAGAGAUGCAUUAUAAAUACCCAAUAAGUCCUCAGCUGAGGCGAAAGAAUGUUCCAUGGACAGCCGAGAAGGAAGAGAUACUAAAGUUGGAUGAAUCAUCAAUUGCCACAUCGAGCACAAAAACAAAACGGGGAAGACUAAACACAAUAGCUGACACUGCCACACCAAUUAGGGGUGCAAAAAGAGUAAGGGAAGAUACAAGACAAGGUACAAGGGGACAGGGUUCUGGUAAAACAAAAUCACAAUCUGGUUGUCAAUCAACCACGACAACUCAAAUAACUCAACCACCAACUGCACAUUUUGCAGCCCAAUCAACCACAACAAGAACAAGAACAAAUGCACCUUCUGCGUCCCAGCCAGUCAGAUCAACAAAGACAGCAACACCUGCUACAUCCCAGCCAGUCAGAAUAACAAAGACAACAACAACACCCUCUGCACCCCAGCCAGUCAAAGUAGCAAAGACAAGAAGUACAACUCAACAUUAUGCAUACAAAGCAAAUGCAUCUACCUUAUUUGCUAAUAAAAAGAAGACAACUCUAGGAUUGGCCACAAGGUCGAGGACAAGUGGUAGGUUGAGGGCAGUUAUUAGAAGUGGUAGGGAACUUAACAACAAGCCGAAGCUUAUGAUUGAUCUGACUGGGAACCCUGCUGGGCCACCCCCAAUUCCAGGAGGUGGACCAGUAUGCUCUUGGGGUCCUCCUCGUGCUGGUGGUAUAACCUUCAGGAUUGCCCCUCCUGGUUUUGACAUACACAAAGGCCAAGGGACAGCUGCUGACAAGCCUUCACCAAGUUUUGAAGGAGUUCAAAGGAUGGAGAACGGGAAAGGGAAGUCCACUACAACAAACAAGGACAAAGGAAAGAAAAAAUGUGGCAACUAUGAAUUAUGAAGAAUGGUCCAAGUGCCAACCUUUUGUGUUUAAACCCUGGAGAUUUGUAAUGUUUUGUUUCUGAAACAUUUUGUGCUAUGGAUUUUUUUCUGAGCAUGUUGGAAGGGUGAUCAUGCAUAUGUACUACAAUGCAACUUUUUGCCAGCACUUAUUUGGAAUUAUGUAUUUGUGCGUCUAUCUAAGUUUGGGGAUGGUUGUAUUUGGUCAUGUAUUUGUACUACAAUGUAACUUUUUGUCAACACUUAUUUGAGAUUAUGUAUUUGUACUUUUAUUUAACCUU